AUGGCAGCUCAAAGUUCACAAUUUCAAGAGGAGACUAGAAGUAAUCUGAGAAACACUGGUGCUUCAAUAAAAAAUCUAGAAGUGCAAAUGAGUCAGAUUGCUCAACAACUCACGGGUUCGCAAACACCGGGUGCAUUACCGAGUGCUACAGUUACAAAUCCACAAGAGUAUAAUAAUGUGAGUGUUGUAACCACAAGGAGUGGUAAAGUGAAAGAAGUCCCUGAGAAAGAUGAGAACCAAGAAGGCCAAUUGCUUGAAGUUGAGUUGGAAAUAAAAGAAAAUGAGGUUGUGAGUGAAGAGAUGGUGGUACCUAAACUAGUGGUUAAAGAAAAAGUUAGUGAACCAAAGCCGGUUGUCAAACUCCCUUUCCCCACAAGAAAUAAGAAGAAAGAGCAACAUGAGAAGAACUUCGAGAAAUUCUUGGAGAUGUUCAAAAAACUUGAAAUUAACAUUUUCUUCUUGGAGGAACUUGAGCAAAUGCCCUCUUAUGCUAAAUUUAUGAAGGAUAUUAUUUCAAAAAGGAGGAGCACUAACACUGACUCUAUUGUAAUAACCGAAACUUGUAGUGCAAUUUUGCAGGGUAUAAAGAUUCCGGUAAAGAAGAAAGAUCGAGGCUCGGUAACUAUCCCUUGCACUAUCGGGGAUAGAUCUUUCAAAAAGGCCCUUAUAGACUUGGGGGCAAGUGUGAGUCUCAUGCCGUUGUCCAUUUACAAGAGGUUGGGGAUUAGAAAAGUGCAAGAUACCAGAAUGACACUUCAAUUUGCUGACCACUAUGUGAAGAGACCUUAUUGA